AUGCUCAUCAAGGAGUACCACAUCCUGCUGCCCAUGAGCCUGGAGGAGUACCAGGUGGCUCAGCUCUACAUGAUCCAGAAGAAGAGCCGGGAAGAAUCGAGUGGUGAGGGCAGCGGGGUGGAGAUCUUGGCCAACCGCCCCUACACCGAUGGCCCAGGUGGCAAUGGCCAGUACACCCACAAGAUCUACCAUGUGGGCUCCCACAUCCCCAGCUGGUUUCGGGCCCUGCUCCCCAAAGCUGCUCUGCAGGUGGAAGAGGAAUCCUGGAAUGCUUAUCCCUACACCCGCACCAGGUACACCUGUCCCUUUGUGGAGAAGUUCUCCAUCGAGAUCGAGACCUACUACCGGCCAGAUGCUGGCCAGCAGACCAACAUCUUCAACCUGAGUGCAGCUGAGAAGAGGCAGAGGAUUUUGGACACUAUCGACAUCGUGCGGGACCCCAUCUCCCCUGGUGAAUACAAGCCUGAGGAGGACCCCAAGCUCUACCACUCGGCCAAGACAGGACGAGGUCCUUUGGGGGACGACUGGCUGGAGACAGCUGCCGGCGGGCCCCUGAUGUGUGCCUACAAGCUCUGCAAGGUGGAGUUCCGCUACUGGGGGAUGCAGUCCAAGAUUGAGCAGUUCAUUCACGACGUGGGACUGCGGAAGGUGAUGCUGAGGGCCCACCGCCAAGCGUGGUGCUGGCAGGACGAGUGGACAGACCUGACCAUGGAGGACAUCCGGCAGCUGGAGGAGGAGACGGCGAGGAUGCUGGCACAGAAGAUGGCCAAGUGUGGUGACGCUGAGGAACCCUCCACUGCUGGACCCAGCCCGGAGGGGCGGCUGGAGCCGGGGAGUGCCAGCGGGCAGGAGGGGACUGAGGUGCAGGGGGUGGACGAUGCCUCCCCUGAUGACUCAUUUGCCAAGCAGUGGUCCACCUCUUCUCGGUCUUCCUACUCUUCCCAGCAUGGAGGGGGGGUGUCUCCUCAGAGCCUGUCCGAGUGGCGGAUGCAGAACAUCGCUCGUGACUCCGAGAACAGCUCCGAAGAGGAAUUUUUUGAUGCCCACGAGGACCUGUCUGACAGCGAUGAGGUCUUUGCGAAGGAGAUGACCAAGUGGAGCUCCAAUGACUUCUUGGACACGCUGGAGCGACCAGCAGAGCUGGAUGAGGCACUGGGAGAUGGAUCCAGCACCACCAAGGUGGAUGGUGAAGGUCUGGGGACAUCCAGCUUCCCCGAGGGCAGCUCGGCUGAGAGCACGGCGCAGGCGUGCCGGAUCCACGCUCUCUUCCUCAUCCUCCACAGCGGGAACAUCCUGGACCAGGGAGCUGGGGAGCCGGGCUCCAAGCAGGCAGACGUGCAGACCUUGGCUGCCACCUUCGACGCCGUCACCCGCGUCCACUUCCCCGAGGCGCUGGGACACGUGGCCCUGCGCCUGGUGCCCUGCCCGCCCAUCUGUGCCGCUGCCUACGCACUCGUCUCCAAGCUCAGCCCCUACAGCCACGACAGGGACAGCUUGUCCAGCAGCCAGGACCACAUCCCGCUGGCUGCCCUCCCGCUGCUGGCCACCUCCUCGGGGAGCUACCAGCACGCCGUGGGUGCCGUCAUUGCCCGUGCCAACCAGGCCUAUGGCACCUUCCUGCACUCUGCAGAAGGGGCUGGCUUCUGUGGCCAGGUGGUGCUGCUGGGCGAUUGCGUGGGUGGCAUCCUGGGGUUUGAUGCCCUUUGCCAGAGCCGGGCAGGCUCCGCGGGCAGCCGCAGCAGCAGUCGCCGUGGCAGCUUGAGCACGGAGCCCAUCUCCCCAGAGCUGUGUGGUGGCCGGGACCCGCUGGCUGAUGGGACAGAUGGAGACACCAUGGGGUCCAGCCAGGCCAGCCCAGAGCUGGGGGCACAGCAACCGUGCCAGGAGCAAGGGGACAGCCAGCAUCACAGCUCUUCCUCCAGCCUGCAGGCCACUGAGGAGGUAGAGGGACCACGGAGCAGUGAUGGAACAGAGGGCAGCAGCUCUCGUCUUGACUUCAAGGUCUCUGGGUUCUUCCUCUUUGGUUCCCCGCUGGGGCUGGUGCUCGCACUGCGCAAGACUGUCAUGCCCGCUCUGGAUGUUGCCCAGCUACGUCCUGCCUGCGAGCAGAUCUACAACCUCUUCCACGCUGCCGACCCCUGUGCCUCUCGCCUGGAGCCCCUCUUGGCCAAGGCCUUCCAUGCUGUCCCACCCCUCAGCGUGCCCCGCUACCAGAAGUACCCGCUGGGUGAUGGCACCUCGUCCUUGUUGGCGGAAGCUCUGCAGAUGCACUCUGCGCUGUUCCUGCCUGAGGUGGACAUUGCUGCUCCUCCUACCCCCACCAGCAGCUUUGGGGGCUUCUGGAGGGGCAAUGAGCCAGGGGACCCCCCAACUCCUGCCAGCACCAGUGAAGUCGUCAAGAUCCUGGAGCGCUGGUGGGGCCCGAAGCGCAUCGACUACUCCCUAUACUGCCCCGACGCCCUCACCGCCUUCCCCACCAUCACCCUGCCGCACCUCUUCCACGCCAGCUACUGGGAGUCUUCCGACGUGGUGGCUUUCAUCCUGCGGCAGGUGAUGGAAAAGGAGGGGCCGCAGCCGGCGGAGAGCGAGGAGAGCUCCAUCUACAGCCCGGCCAUCCCGCGGGAGAAAUGGCAGCGCAAACGCACCCAAGUGAAGAUCCGGAACGUGACUGCCAACCACCGUGCCAGCGACGUGAUCGUGUGCGAGGGCAAAGCCCAGGUGCUCAGCGGGCGCUUCAUGUACGGACCCCUGGACGUGGUGACACUCACUGGGGAGAAGGUGGACAUCUACAUCAUGACCCAACCACUGUCAGGGAAGUGGCUGUACUAUGGCACCGAGGUGACAAGUGGCAGCGGGCGCCUGACCUUCACCAUCCCUCCAGACAAGGCUCUGGCCAUCGGCAUCUACCCUGUGCGCAUGGUGGUCAGGGGGGACCACAGCUAUGCCGAGGCAUACCUGACGGUGGUGGCCCGGGGCACGGAGUCUGUCGUGUUCAGCAUCGAUGGUUCCUUCACCGCCAGCGUCUCCAUCAUGGGCAGUGACCCCAAGGUGCGGGCAGGAGCUGUCGAUGUGGUAAGGCACUGGCAGGACUCGGGGUACAUGAUCAUCUACGUGACAGGGCGCCCCGACAUGCAGAAGCAUCGCGUGGUGGCCUGGCUCUCCCAGCACAACUUCCCCCAUGGUGCUGUCUCCUUCUGUGAUGGGCUCACCCACGAUCCCCUGCGCCAGAAAGCUGCCUUCCUGCAGAGCCUGCGCACCGAGGCGGAGAUCACCAUUGUUGCUGGCUAUGGUUCCACCAAGGACAUCUCUGUCUACAGCUCGCUGGGGCUGCCACCAACACAGAUCUACAUCGUGGGCCGGGCUGUCAAGAAGUUCAACAACCAGUGCCAGUUCCUGUCUGAGGGCUAUGUGGCCCACUUGGCUCAGCUGGAGGCAGCAGCAUUGGCCAACUCACCCAAGGGACCUCCACGGCCCGUGCUGGGCAAAGGCACCUACGGCUGCCCGGCACCAGUUGACUUCCUACGCAAGCAGAGCCAGCUCCUGAGGUCCCGGGGCUCCAGCCAGGCAGAGAGGGAUGGGGGACCCCCACCAGCACCCCCAGGGCUGCCCCGGGCCAAGCCCCGCAGCGUCAGUCUGAAGCUGGAGGGUGAGGAGUGA